ACCCCGACACAUCCAGAACCUUCCAGCAGUCGACCUGGGACCUGGGCAUGAUGGUGCCUCUCCUGCUGUCCUUGCUGCUGCUCCUGGAGCCUGUGGCCCCGCUGGAGACCCCGGUGGGGGAGUGGGGGCCUGGACGGUACUCGCUGAGCUUUCUCUACACCGGCCAGUCCAGACCCAGGCCGGGGGAGCCCAGCUUCCGGGCCAUGGCCUACCUCAAUGACCAGGCCCUGUUCCGCUACGACAGCACGCGCGGGCGGGCCGAGCCGCUGGGCCCGUGGGCGCAGCUGAACGGGGUGGAGGACUGGGAGAAGGAGAGCAAACUCCAGAAGGCCAGGGGGGACUUCUUCCUGGAGGCCCUGAAAGACGCCGUGAAUUACUACAAGGACCCCGAAGCGCCCCACACUUUCCAGGGCAGGUUUGGCUGUGAGCUACAGAAUAACGUGAACAGCGGCGCCUUCUGGAGCUACGCCUAUGACGGCCGGGACUUCAUCACCUUUAACCAGAGCGUCCCCACCUGGGUGGUCCUGGACCCGGCUGCUGGUGUCGCCAAGGGCAAGUGGGAGGCGGAGGCCGAGUACCUGCAGCGGUCCAAGGCCUACCUGGAGGAGGAGUGUCCCGCCAUACUGCGGAGGUACCUGCACCUCGGGCAGCACCUCCUGGACCGACGAGAUGCCCCCUCGGUGACCAUCACCAACCACAAGGCCCCAGGACACCACAGACGGUUCAAGUGUCGUGCCGAUGAGUUCUACCCGCCCGGCAUCACCCUGCGCUGGACUCGGGCCGGCCGCCCCCUGGAGCCGGAGUCUAGGGGAGACGUGCUUCCUAGCGGCAGUGGCACUUACCAGUCCUGGGUGGUGGUGAGGGUCUCCCUGAAGGACGGGAGUCCCCUCGCCUGCCACGUGGAGCACAGCACCCGAGCUGAGACUCUCCUUGUGCAGUGGGACACUGACCAGGGCACCUCGACCCAGUAGCCAGUCCUCUGCACGUCAGGGGCCAGGUCAUACGCAAGAAGCCAGGAGGAAGGGGCCGGGAGCAAAGCUGACCCGUGCCGGCGUGUCCUGUAAAAGCCCAAGCUUAAUCCAGCAUCCCAUAGUUCCCCCGAGCACCACCAGGAGUGAUUCCUGAGUGCAGAGCCAGGAGUGACCCCUAAGCAUCAUCGAGUGCAACACGCUCCCCCCCGAAAAAAGAAAAAGAAAUAAACUAUAAAUGAGUAGAGACGUGAGCAUUAGAGUCCUUCCCAAAGUGACUCGUCUGAAACUCUAAGCGUCCAGUGGGAGUAUCUGGGACUGGGAAGGGGGGGGGGGCCUUUGUGGUGUAGUUUGGACCCUCAGGGCUCUGUGGACAUUGUCCUGUACCCCUCAGCUUGUGUCCCCUCUGCUCAUGAGAUCCUGAAAACUCCUGAAUUGAACCCAAAGUCUCUUCCUCUUUUUUUUUUUUAAUAUCUGGCAUCACACCAGGACCAAAGCUCACCAGGAAGCAAGGAUCCCCAGACUUCUCUGACUCCCUCAAAAUGCAUCCUUAGCGUGUUUAAAUGAAAUCAGUACCGGGCCCUGAGCGA